AUGUGUGUUACGACAUAUCCGAAACCCUCAGUCAACAUAGUGAUGAUCGUGGCGUAUAGGCCGGGUUCGGCUUCAAAUACAAAAGCGUUCUUUGACGAGAUACAACUAUUUCUCGAGCUCCUCACUGUUUUAAAUGGAGUCCAUUUGGGCGUCAUUGUCACUAGAUUGGGGUACGAGAUCAUCAAUGUCCAGGCCGACCCACCUGCCAUAUCAGAUCAUGCUCUUAUUUCAUGUACGAUGGCUGUUGAAGUAUCGUCGCCCUCUCAUCAAUUCUUCAAGAACGUCCGGAACUACAAAAAAUGGAUCGUAGCGUAUUCAGGGAGUCGAUUCUCAAAAGUGACAUUUGCUGUCAAGAUGCAUAUUCUGGAUGCGAUGUAA